UCUGCGCCCCCCCCGACCCCCCCGCGGCGCUCGGACAGCCUGGAGGAGCUGCUGGGGCAGGUGGGAAAUAAUGGGGAGGGGUCUCCUCCCCCAGUGCCCCCCCCCAGAGCCCCCCGAGGAGGUUUUGAGGUUUUUUCCUCCCCCGACGCCGCCACCCCCGUGGAGGGGUUUGAGGAGCUGCUGCCGGACCCCGCCCACAGGUGCCCGUUGAAGCCGGAUCCGUUCCAGCAGCGCGCGGCUGUGCCUGGAGCGCCAUCACUGCUGCUGGUGGCCGCUCACACCUCGGCCGGCAAAACCGCGGUGGCCGAGUACGCCAUGGGGCUGGCCCGGCGCCACAUGACACGGUCCAUCUACACCUCCCCCAUCAAGGCUUUGUCCAAGCAGAAGUUUGGGGAUUUCCGCGACACCUUCGGGGACGUGGGGCUGCUGACGGGGGACGUGCGGCUGCGCCCCGAGGCCGCGUGGCUGGUGAUGAGCACCGAGAUCCUCAGGUCGAUGCUGUCCAACGGCUCCGACGCCAUCCGGGACCUGGAGUGGGUGAUCUUCGACGAGGUUCACUGCGUCAAUGACGAUGAGAGGGGUGUGGUGGGGGAGGAGGUGCUGAUCCUGCUGCCCGAGCACGUGAAGCUGGUGCUGCUCAGCGCCACCGUCCCCAACGCCCUCGAGUUCGCCCAGUGGGUCGGUCGCACCAAGCGUCGCUGUGUCCGUGUUCUGAGCACCCCGCGCCGCCCGGUGCCGCUGGAGCAUUUCCUGUUCACCGGGAACAGCGCCCGGAACCGGCACCAGCUGUUCCAGCUGCUGGGCCCAGGGGGGGCCUUCAGCACCCAGGGGUACUACGCGGCGGUGGAGGCCAAGAAGGAGCAGAGCAGCAAACACGCGCAGAGCUUCGGGGCACGGCAGCCCACCAUGGGAGCCCCCAACCCUGGGCAGGAGUGUGGGGUCUGGCCGUCCCUGCUGCAGACCCUCCGUGAGCGGGAGCUGCUCCCGGCCGUCACCUUCACCUUCUCCCGUGGCCGCUGCGAGGAGCAGGCGGCCGCCCUGGGCUCCCUGGAGCUGCUGAGCGGGGCCGAGCGCGCCCAGGUCCGGCACUUCCUGACGCGCUGCCUGGCCCGGCUGCGCGGCUCCGACCGGCGCCUGCCACAGGUACUGCAGCUGUCGGAGCUGCUGCAGCGCGGCAUCGGCGUCCACCACGGCGGGGUCCUGCCGCUGCUCAAGGAGGUGGUGGAGAUGCUCUUCAGCCAGGGGCUGGUGAAGGUGCUGUUUGCCACCGAGACCUUCGCCAUGGGGGUGAACAUGCCGGCGAGGACCGUCGUCUUCGACUCCAUCCGCAAACACGACGGGAAUGGCUUCCGGGAUCUCCUGCCCGGCGAGUACACGCAGAUGUCGGGGCGCGCCGGCCGCCGCGGGCUGGACACCACCGGCACCGUCAUCAUCCUCUGCAAGGGAGCCGUGCCCGAGCUGUCGGAUCGGCACCGCAUGAUGCUGGUCAGUGCCUGA